AUGGAGAUCACACGUAGAGCCAUGAAUCUUACUUUUGAGGACAAAAAUGGAAAUGAUAUUACUUGCCCAAGUGAGCAUUCCUCUGAUUCAGUUAGAAGAUCUAGCUGCUUGAGUGGUGGCAGUUCAGACAGUCCUUCUGAUGUUGAAAUGGAAAACUGUAUCAGUGAUGCCACAUCUGAGGUAAACUUAAAAACAAGGAAAACUACCUCUAAUGCCACCUUUACUUGCACUGAUAAUGGAGAAACUUCAUCCUCAAAGAUAGUGGUGAAAUCAAGUGGAACAAUUAUUGUGGACCAAGUUAAUUCAAAGAUUGACAAUUGGAAUGAGAAUAUGUCUCUGUUAAUAGUGGACUUGAAAACUAGUGAUAUGAAUGACAGGAGCUUAGAACUCUCUCCUGACUGUGGAGAGCGAGAGCUGUCUGAGGUGGACUCCUGCGAGCCAUCCUGCCAUGGCUCCAGUGAGAAUUGCUUCUCUGUGAGCUCUGGUGAGAUGGUGAUGAGGAGUAAAAGUUUUGUCUUGCACGAGAAUGACCAGCCACUUAACAUCUCUCUGCUUGGGGAGUCCAAGACCUCCUUGGAUAUUUCCUCUGACUUUGGUGGGGUUUUGGGCAUGUUGCCUGAUGUCUGUGAGGGCCUUCAUGAAGAACAUCCAGCCAAGGUGCCUCAGGAAGACCCCAAGAAUCAUGGCUUGCAGUGUACAUUCAUCCAACCAAACAAUAAGACCUUCCUCAUAGAGGGGGAUUUCUAUCAAAUGGCUUUAGGUCUCUCUGACUCUCAGAGAGAGACAGAGGAAAAGAAUUUGCACCUGGGCACUGACAAACUUGAAUGUGUGACACCUGUUCAUCAUCACAAUGUGCAAAAGUUAACUCUCAACACCAGUGGAUCGAAUCGCUCAACUCCAGCAGAGGGGAAGACUGUGCUCUUCACAGCUUCUGAGGAUUUAGACAUCAGUGGCAAUGCUCAAACAUCAACUCCAGUACAGUCUGUGAGUAAUAUGACAUUUUGCCUCCCAUCUCUCUCUGAAUCGCCUCUCAACAAAGAAGGCGAUUCAGUGAGCCCAAUGGCUCAAGUCAUCAAUAGGCAGAAAGGAAGUGCCUCAAAGUCUAAAACACCAUUGGUGGCAGCAAGCAAAAGCAAUACAGUAGAAAUUAAAAGGUUUUCCAAGCCUAACUUCUGUAAUAUAAAGUCUAAAAUCUUGGCUCGUGCCACAAACCCCUUCAAGACAUCAGGUGUACCGGUUCCAAAUGCUUCUAGCUCUGUUCCUCAAGCUACUGACAACUCUACUGAACACAAGUCAUCUUCUAAAAAGUGUUCCUCUACUGCAGUAACCAACACCUCUGCCACACCAGCCCAAAGUGGAAAGGGUUCCAUUGCGGCUAAAAGAACACGCUCAUCCACUUGCCAAGAAAGUGGUCCAGCCUCAAUGUCUCGAGCUCGCCAUUGGUCUGAAAGUGCUACCUCUUUCAAAACGAAUAAAGAUGGGUCCCAAGAAAAGAAUUCAAAAGUCAACCUUGCAACACCAAAAACUUUAUUUAAGGGAGGUUCUCGAAGUCAGCGUGAAAAGAUGAAAUCUGCAGAUGGACAAGAGUCCUCUAAAGAUGGCAAUCAGACGAAAGAGUCACUAAAGGGUUGUGGGAAAAAUCUGAAAAUCAGUCUGUUGGCAGUGUCUUCCAGGCCAGCUGCAGCAGUUUGCGAGUGGAGUAGAUGUAGGCUUGGCCCUCAGCCAUCCCCAGCCAGGAAAGGAGACCCCUCUGUUGCUCGCAGUCAAGCUGCAAACCUUCGGCCGCCACUCUCGGCUGCAUGUAAGCUCAAACCUGGGACAGCAGGAAAAGAUGGCAGCAAUACCACAUUGCAAGACAUGCCUUCUCCCAGAAACAAACUGAGCACACCUAAGGCUAAGCUCAAAAUCCACUUGACUGGGGGCACUGCUGCUGUUUCAGAAGGAGCCCAUUCCAGACUUGUCCCAUCCACACCUGCCCCAACAGGAUCAGCCUCCAAACUGCCAGUGAAGCCCAAAACACUGCCCAAGAGCUCCAGUGCUUUCUCUCAGACCAGUGGACACCUAAAGCAAGAUCACCCAGAUCCAACAGUUGGAGCCUCAAGUAAACCUUCAUCUAACAGGCCCAGGUUAUUAAGAACCAAGCUGCAGUAUCCGUCUACCAGAGGUGUAUCAUCAGCAGGAUGCAAGAACACCCCAUCAUUGGGUCAAAGUUCAGCAAGAUCUUCAGGCAGUCCUCUGAAAACCCCUACCUCAACCCGACCCUUGAGACCUGCUACUACUCCAACAGUUGACAAGAACAAGUCAAGGACAAGUUCCCGGAAUCUGCAGACACCAACAAAUGGCCAUCCGGAUCUGGUACCACCGGAGAGUAAGGCAAGAAGCGUUGAGUAUUAUAAGACUCUGUGUGAGAAGAAGAACCAGACCAUCCAACAGAUGGAGAACACUGUCCGAUCCAACAACCGCAGGUUUGAGGCUGUUGCUGUUGUCAUAAAGCACCUAUAUGCAGAGCAUGAGGAGGUGAUGAAGCAGCGCAAGGAACUGUCUCAGGAGCUGGUCACCAUGCGUGAGGAGCUGGUGAGCUCUGCUCACUCAUGUGAGCGUCUAGAGCACGAGAAGGAGGACCUGCGUGUGGCCUUUGAUGGAGUUCUGCAGAAAGUCCAGGAGCAGCACCGCUUGGACCUGGCUGACCUGGAGGAGAGGCUGAAGACCUUCUACUCCACUGAGUGGGAGAAGGUCUACCAGACCUAUCAGGAAGAGACUGACAGAUGCAAAGCGCAGAUGGAGCAACAGCUGGAAGAGUUGCGAUCAAAACAUGAAGCUUUGAAGAAGGAACUGGAAGUCAGCCAUAUACUGGAGGUGGACCGCCUUAAGCAACAGUUUGAAGAGUCUUUCAAAGAACUCAAACAAUCCCAUGAAAAGGAAUUGCAUAUUAUCAACACAACACUGAAGGAAUCAGAAGAAACAUUAUCUAGUCAAAUUCAGGAGCUUAUUACAGAGAAUAACACCCUUAAAGAGAAACUGAAGGUUGAGGAGAAGAGAAGGAAUGAUCUGGGAGAGCAAAGCCAGGACUCCCACACCCUUUAUUUGGAGCAAGAACUUGAAAGCCUUAAAGUAGUGCUGGACAUCAAAAACAAACGGAUCCAUGAACAGGACAUGAAACUCUUGCAGAUCAAUAAACUGAUGGAGAGGAAUAUAAAGUUGGAUGAGUGUCUUAAAAAGCUGCAACAAGAAAAUGAGGACCUCAAAGCCAGAAUGGACAAACAUGCUGCUUUGUCGAGACAACUGUCCACAGAGCAGGCAGUUCUGCAUGAAACUCUCCAGAAAGAGUCCAAAGUGAACAAACGACUGUCUAUGGAAAAUGAAGAGCUGCUCUGGAAGCUUCACAACGGUGAUCUUAGCAGCCCACGUAAGGUCUCCCCUUCACCCUCUCUGACUCUACAGUCACCGCGCAACUCUGGGAUGUUUUCCAGCCCUCCCAUCUCGCCCAGAUAACAA